ACUUUCUGCACUCCCCCUACAAGCCACAGACAGCGUGAAGAGUGUGAGGGGUAGAAAAAAAGGGAUAAUCACCCAGAAGAACAGCAGAGACAGGGAAGGUGUUGAGCAUGCCAGCGUACGCCACCAACAUGAGGCUCAAGUUCCCCAUUCUGGCCUUAAUACUGGAAGCCGUGACCAUUAUCGUAUAUGCUCUCCUUGUGGUAUAUGACACCAGUGAUUCUCACAGACAUGAUGGGAGUCAUGCAGAAACGAAUGCAUCUCAUCCAAGCAGCCCAAUGACCCUUUAUCCCAUGUUUCAGGACGUACACGUGAUGAUCUUCAUUGGCUUUGGUUUCUUGAUGACCUUCCUAAAGAGAUAUGGCUUCAGCAGUGUGGGGAUCAACCUGUUGCUGGCUGCCUUUGGCUUGCAGUGGGGUCUUCUCCUCCAGAACAUCUGGCAUUUGCAUGACGGAAAAAUAAGAGUCAACAUCGAAAGAAUGAUUAAUGCUGACUUCAGUACUGCGACUGUUCUGAUCUCGUUUGGAGCGGUUCUGGGAAAAACCAGUCCUGUCCAGCUUCUCAUCAUGACCCUGCUGGAGAUCACCGUCUUCUGCAUUAAUGAGCAUUUGGUUGUGGAAGUCCUUAAGGUUUCUGAUGUUGGUGCCUCCAUGACCAUCCAUGCUUUUGGGGCUUACUUUGGAUUAGCUGUUGCUCGUGUUCUUUAUCGCCCUGGUCUUCGUAACGGCCAUGAAAAUGAUGGCUCAAGCUAUCACUCAGACUUGUUUGCUAUGAUUGGCACAGUCUAUCUGUGGAUGUUCUGGCCCAGCUUUAAUUCUGCAAUUGCUGAACCUGGUGAUGCUCAGCUAAGGGCUGUUAUCAACACCUAUUUCUCUCUGGCUGCUUGCGCUCUCGCUGCCUACGCUACCUCCAGUUUGGUCGAGAAGAAGGGUAAACUUGACAUGGUUCACAUUCAGAAUGCCACUCUGGCUGGAGGUGUUGCUGUGGGUACCUGUGCUGACAUGGACAUCCAGCCAUUUGGAGCAAUGGUGAUCGGAAUCACUGCAGGCAUUAUCUCCACUGUUGGAUUUAAGUUCCUCACUCCCAUACUUGCUUCCAAACUUGGAAUCCAAGACACCUGUGGCGUGCAUAACCUCCAUGGCAUGCCGGGCAUCCUAGGGGGCCUUGCGGGCAUUGUGGCAGCAGCACUAGGAAAGAAAGAAAAAGUUUCAGCAACUUCUCAGGCAUGUGGUUUGGCAUCUUCUCUGGGUUUUGCUUUGGUGGGUGGAUUGAUCACAGGUCUGAUCAUGAAGAUUCCAUUCUUGGGGCAGCCGCCUGAUCAAAACUGCUUCGAUGACUCAAUCUUCUGGGAGGUACCUGAGGAAGAAGAGGAACAUGAAGAGCGUUUGACUCAUGGCGAUUAUUCCAAGAACAAAGCAGAGGCUUGAAGCUCAGCUCCAAACUAGCUCAUUUCACAAAUCAAGAGACCCAGUCCAAUAAGCACUCAGAGGCUGUUUAACGUCAGCAUCUACUCCACUUACUAACAUCUUCAACAGUGAAUUCACUAUAAGUACUAAGACAUGUCAUGUGUUAUUUUGUAAUGGGUGCUUUUCUAUACAUGUAAGCUACAUCUUAAAAACAUCUGCAACUCAUAAUAUACUACACUGAUAAGUGCUGUCUCAAACGUUCUAAAAUUAGGCAUUAUAUAAUGAAAUGUAAGAUGGUUAAAAGUAAUUACCAAAAAAGUUCCUAAGCUAACUCAAAGUGUGGGUCAGUUAUUGUCGUCUACUGAACUGCAAGUAACUGAUUGAAUAGUUGCUCACUGUAAUGUGCAAAAAUCUGAGCCAAUGCUUAAGUGUCUAAUAUCAAAGUAGUUUUGAAUAAGCUUUUUUUUAAUGAUUUUUUUUUUUUUUUACAUACCCAAAUUUUAUGAUCACUAGAGAUUUUAACCAGUGCUCUUAUGUGUUUUAAGCCAUGCAUAUUAGUCCACAUCCAAAGAGAGAUCCUUCAACUUUCUUGCAACAAUUAUAGUUGCUUUUUAUUGAGAUCAGUAACAACCCUUUAUGCAAUGAAGUAUUUUAAGCUGUUGUAUCCUAAAGAACUAACAAAUAUAUUGUUGACUUUUAUAUUUUCACACAAUUUCUAAUACUUUAAAAUGACCUCAGCUAAAUGCAGUGGCCUCAAAAAGUAAUUAAAAACUCACAGAAAACGCUACAUUUAUAAUUGUAUAUAAAAAAAUCAAAAAAAAAAAUAUUAGCUUGGAUUUAAAAGAACAAUAAUAAUUAAGCACACUUUUCCAGUUUGUUAGGAUAACAUUAGUGGAACAUGUUCAUAGUUUAUGUAAUUAUCUUCAGGUGUUGUUACUCUACUGGGACACCUUUGUGAACUUGAGUAGCACUAACUUCAUACCUCCACUAAUGGACCCUCGGACCAACUGAUUAAAAGUAAUGAGAUAAAUGACUAAAACUUAAGCUGAUUCUGAGAAAAUGUUUUGUUAUCAUUUGCUGGCAGUGUGAUAUAGUGUCCAAAUGCAUUUUGGGGUCACUGUACAUUUACAUAUUUGAAACUGCAUCUUUUUGUCAGGAUCAUUGUAAAACUAUGUACACAAUAGUAUUACAUAAAAGCUCUUACAUUGCUUGAAUGUUCACCU